UCAAAGCCAGCAAAGAAACAAGUCAUCAAGACAAUGUACGGAGGUGUUUCAGAGGCCAAACCUGCCACACCAGAAAUCCAGAAGAUUGCUGAUGAGGUCAGACCUCAGCUUGAAGCGAAAACCAAUAAGAAAUAUGAAAAAUUCGAAGCUGUUGAGUAUAAAACUCAAGUCGUCGCUGGAGAAAAUAUCUUCAUUAAGAUGGAUGUAGGUCAUGGUUGUUUCGUUCACAUGAAAGUCUUCAAUGGACCUACUGGAAAAGAUAAUUAUGAACUUCAUGGUUACCAGACUGACAAAACCAAGGAUGAUGAGCUGACCUACUUCUAAGCAGCAAAUUCUAAAGUGAUCUGAUUCCUCUCAGUGGAAAGAGAUUCAGCCAUGAAU